GCUGCCGCUACCGGGCCCUGGGUGCGGAGCGGCGGCGGAGCCUUCGCUCUUUGUCCCGAGUCGCCCAACGUCCGAGAGGAUGGGGAGCCUGGCUUGGGAGUCAGGGGACCCGUCUUCGUGGGGCUGGGAGGGGGACGGAAACACGGCCGGAGCGCUCGAGAGCCUCCUGAGCAUUCAGGCCCGGCGCCGGGGGUUGAGCACGAGGCCAAGGCAUUGGACGACCGCGGGCCAGAGACAGGACGGGCACCCGGGUCCCCGUUAUGCUGGCGCCCUGAGGUUUCCUGUGGCAGGAGGGCAGGCCCCGCACAGAGAGACGCACUGUCGCCGGAGGCUCUGACUCCUGGAGUGCUGGGCCCGGAGGACAGCUCGGCCCUCCCUUUGGACCUUCUGGCUCGGCCGUAUGGCUCCAGGCUGGUGUCGUUCCAGCGGAACGCUGAGAGAGGCUCCCGCAAAAGGGUGGGAACCGCACACUGCUGUGGGGAACUGUGGGCGCUGGGGCGUCGGGGUCAGAGCGAGCGAGCUGCGACAUUCCGAGCAGAGAGGACAGCCUCGCGGCUAGGCUGCCCUCCGCAAACCUCAGGGUCAGGUUCAGCACCGCGCACGGCGAGGACAGCUCCUGGGCCGGGUUCAGCACCGCGCGAGUCUCGGACAGCUCCCGAGCCGGCGCCCCAGCGCAUGCGCCCCCGCGGGCUCCGCCGCCGCCGCCGGCGCCGCCGCUUUCUCCCGCAACGCCCCGGGCCGCGCCCUCCCGGGGUCGGAGGCGAGCCAGGAGCUCGGCGAGUAGCCCCCGCGACUCAGGCACGCCCCCGUCGCGCCGCAAACCGCCACCCGCAGUUCCCGCAGUACAACUACCAGGCACUGGUGCCCGAGAAUGAAGCGGCGGGCACCUCAGUGCUACGCGUGGUGGCGCAGGACCCGGACUCCGGCGAGGCUGGGCGCGUGGUCUAUUCGCUGGCGGCGCUCAUGAACAGCCGCUCCCUGGAGCUGUUCAGCAUCGACCCGCACAGCGGCCUCAUCCGCACGGCGGCAGCGCUGGACCGGGAGAGCAUGGAGCGCCACUAUCUGCGCGUUACCGCACAGGACCACGGCUCCCCUCGCCUCUCCACUACCACCAUGGUGGCUGUCACAGUGGUUGACCGUAACGACCACGCGCCGGUGUUUGAGCAGGCGCAGUACCGGGAGACACUUCGUGAGAACGUGGAAGAGGGCUACCCCAUCCUGCAGUUGCGUGCCACGGACGGCGACGCGCCUCCCAACGCCAACCUGCGCUACCGCUUCGUGGGGACGCCAGCUGCGCGCGCUGCCGCCGCCGCCGCCUUCGAGAUUGACCCGCGCUCCGGCCUCAUCAGCACCAGUGGCGGCGUGGACCGCGAGCAUAUGGAGAGCUACGAGCUGGUGGUGGAAGCCAGCGACCAGGGUCAGGAGCCAGGGCCACGCUCAGCCACGGUGCGUGUGCACAUAACCGUGCUGGACGAGAAUGACAACGCCCCCCAGUUCAGUGAGAAGCGGUACGUGGCUCAGGUGCGCGAGGAUGUGCGCCCCCACACGGUGGUACUGCGUGUCACGGCCACCGACAGGGAUAAGGACGCCAAUGGACUGGUGCAUUACAAUAUCAUCAGUGGCAACAGCCGAGGCCACUUCUCCAUCGACAGCCUCACUGGAGAGAUCCAGGUUGUGGCGCCUUUGGACUUUGAGGCAGAGCGAGAGUACGCCUUGCGCAUCCGGGCACAGGACGCGGGUCGGCCGCCACUGUCCAACAACACAGGCCUGGCCAGCAUCCAGGUAGUGGACAUCAAUGACCACAUGCCUAUCUUCGUCAGCACACCCUUCCAGGUCUCGGUCCUGGAGAAUGCACCCCUGGGCCACUCUGUCAUUCACAUUCAGGCAGUGGAUGCUGACCAUGGGGAGAAUGCCCGAUUGGAGUACUCCUUAACCGGCAUGGCACCAGAUACCCCCUUUGUGAUAAACAGUGCCACGGGCUGGGUCUCUGUGAGUGGCCCUCUGGACCGGGAGUCUGUCGAGCACUACUUCUUCGGUGUGGAGGCACGAGACCAUGGCUCACCCCCACUCUCCGCCUCAGCCAGUGUCACCGUGACGGUGUUGGAUGUUAAUGACAACCGGCCCGAGUUCACCCUGAAGGAGUACCACCUCCGCCUGAAUGAGGACGCGACUGUAGGCACCAGCGUGGUCAGCGUGACCGCUGUAGACCGCGAUGCCAACAGUGCCAUCAGCUACCAGAUCACAGGGGGCAAUACCCGGAACCGCUUUGCCAUCAGCACUCAGGGGGGCGUGGGUCUGGUGACACUGGCUCUGCCACUGGACUAUAAGCAGGAGCGCUACUUCAAGCUGGUGCUGACCGCUUCGGACCGCGCUCUGCAUGACCACUGUUACGUGCACAUCAACAUCACAGACGCCAACACCCAUCGGCCUGUCUUUCAAAGUGCCCACUACUCCGUGAAUGUGAACGAGGACCGUCCAGUGGGCAGUACCGUGGUGGUCAUCAGCGCAUCUGACGAUGAUGUGGGUGAGAAUGCGCGUAUCACCUACCUCCUGGAGGACAACUUGCCCCAGUUCCGCAUUGAUGCAGACUCGGGGGCCAUUACACUGCAGGCCCCCCUGGACUACGAGGACCAGGUGACCUACACACUGGCCAUCACAGCUAGAGACAACGGCAUCCCACAGAAGGCAGAUACCACUUACGUGGAGGUGAUGGUCAACGACGUGAAUGACAAUGCCCCACAGUUUGUGGCCUCCCACUACCCAGGUCUGGUCUCCGAGGAUGCUCCGCCUUUCACCAGUGUGUUGCAGAUCUCAGCCACCGACCGGGAUGCUCACGCCAAUGGCCGAGUACAGUACACUUUCCAGAACGGGGAAGAUGGGGAUGGGGAUUUCACCAUCGAGCCCACCUCUGGCAUUGUGCGCACGGUCAGGAGACUGGACAGGGAGGCAGUGCCAGUGUAUGAGCUGACUGCCUAUGCGGUGGACCGGGGUGUACCUCCGCUUCGGACUCCAGUCAGCAUCCAGGUCACAGUGCAGGAUGUGAACGACAAUGCACCCGUCUUCCCAGCUGAGGAGUUUGAGGUGCGGGUGAAGGAGAACAGUGUUGUGGGCUCGGUGGUGGCCCAGAUCACUGCAGUAGACCCUGAUGAAGGCCCCAAUGCCCACAUCAUGUACCAGAUAGUGGAGGGGAAUAUCCCUGAGCUGUUCCAAAUGGACAUCUUCUCUGGAGAGCUGACGGCACUCAUUGACCUGGAUUACGAGGCUCGGCAGGAAUAUGUGAUUGUGGUGCAGGCCACAUCUGCCCCUCUGGUCAGCCGGGCCACUGUGCACAUCCGCCUGGUUGACCAGAAUGACAACAGCCCUGUGCUCAAUAACUUCCAGAUCCUCUUCAACAACUAUGUUUCCAACCGCUCAGACACCUUCCCCUCAGGCAUCAUCGGCCGCAUCCCGGCUUAUGAUCCUGACGUCUCCGACCGCCUCUUCUAUUCCUUUGACCGUGGCAAUGAGCUGCAGCUGCUAGUGGUCAACCAGACCAGCGGGGAGCUGCGGCUCAGCCGAAAGCUGGACAACAACCGCCCGCUGGUGGCCUCCAUGUUGGUGACUGUCACAGAUGGCCUGCACAGCGUAACAGCACAGUGCGUGCUGCGCGUCAUCAUCAUCACGGAGGAGUUGCUGGCCAACAGCUUGACGGUGCGCCUGGAAAACAUGUGGCAGGAACGCUUCCUGUCGCCACUGCUGGGCCACUUCCUCGAAGGGGUGGCCGCCGUUCUCGCCACCCCCACCGAGGACGUCUUCAUCUUCAACAUCCAGAAUGACACGGACGUGGGGGGCACGGUGCUCAACGUGAGCUUCUCGGCGCUGGCCCCGCGCAGGGCCGCGGCGGGCGCGGCGGGGCCCUGGUUCAGCUCGGAGGAGCUGCAGGAGCAGCUGUACGUGCGCCGCGCCUCGCUGGCCGCCCGCUCGCUGCUCGACGUGCUGCCCUUCGACGACAACGUGUGCCUGCGCGAGCCCUGUGAGAACUACAUGAAGUGCGUGUCGGUGCUGCGCUUCGACUCGUCCGCGCCCUUCCUGGCCUCGGCCUCCACGCUCUUCCGCCCCAUCCAGCCCAUCGCCGGCCUACGCUGCCGCUGCCCACCGGGCUUCACCGGCGACUUUUGCGAGACCGAGCUCGACCUCUGCUACUCGAACCCCUGUCGCAACGGCGGCGCCUGCGCGCGGCGCGAGGGCGGCUACACCUGCGUCUGCCGCCCGCGCUUCACCGGAGAAGACUGCGAGCUGGACACCGAGGCCGGACGCUGCGUGCCCGGCGUCUGCCGCAACGGGGGCACUUGUGCAGACGCGCCAGGCGGCGGCUUCCGCUGCCAGUGCCCAGCGGGCGGCGCCUUCGAGGGUCCCCGCUGCGAGGUCGCGGCUCGCUCCUUCCCGCCCAGUUCCUUCGUCAUGUUUCGCGGCCUGCGGCAGCGCUUCCACCUCACGCUGUCCCUCUCGUUCGCCACGGUGCAGCCCAGCGGGCUGCUCUUCUACAAUGGCCGCCUGAACGAGAAGCAUGACUUCCUGGCCUUGGAGCUGGUGGCCGGCCAAGUGCGGCUCACCUAUUCCACAGGUGAGUCCAGCACGGUGGUCAGCCCCACAGUCCCAGGGGGUCUGAGUGAUGGACACUGGCACACAGUGCACCUGAGAUACUACAACAAGCCCCGGACAGAUGCUCUGGGGGGUGUUCAGGGGCCCUCUAAGGACAAGGUGGCAGUGCUGAGCAUGGACGACUGUGACGUGGCUGUGGCCCUGCAGUUUGGGGCCGAGAUUGGCAACUACUCCUGUGCAGCCGCUGGCAUGCAGACCAGCUCCAAGAAGUCUCUGGACCUGACGGGCCCCCUGCUCCUGGGGGGUGUCCCCAACCUCCCCGAGAACUUCCCCGUGUCCCACAAGGACUUCGUCGGCUGUAUGCGAGACCUGCACAUUGAUGGCCGCCGAGUGGACAUGGCGGCCUUUGUGGCCAACAAUGGCACAACGGCAGGCUGCCAGGCUAAGCUGCGGUUUUGUGACUCAAGCCCUUGCAAGAACAGUGGCCUCUGCUCAGAACGCUGGGGUGGCUACGUCUGCGACUGUCCCGUGGGUUUCGGUGGCAAAGAUUGUCGGCUCACCCUGACCCAUGCUUACCGUUUCCGUGGCAACGGCACGCUGAGCUGGGACUUUGGGAGCGACAUGACCGUAUCUGUGCCUUGGUACCUGGGACUAGCAUUUCGGACUCGGGCGACACAGGGAGUCCUCAUGCAAGUGCAGGCUGGGCCACGCAGCAUGGUUCUCUGCCAGCUGGAUCGAGGGUUGCUGUCCAUAACAGUGACCAGGAGCUCGGGCCGGGCUGCCCAUCUCCUCCUGGACCAGGUGACUGUCAGUGACGGCCGGUGGCAUGAUCUGCGGCUGGAGUUGCAGGAGGAACCAGGUGGCCGGCGGGGUCACCAUGUCCUCAUGGUCUCACUGGAUUUUAGCCUCUUCCAGGGCACUGUGGCAGUGGGGAAUGAACUGCAGGGUUUGAAGGUCAAGCGGCUCCACGUGGGAGGACUGCCCCCCAGCAGUGAGGAGCAGGUCCCUCAGGGACUGGUCGGCUGUAUCCAGGGGGUAUGGCUUGGCUCCACGCCCUCAGGGUCCCCGGCCCUGCUCCCUCCCAGCCACCGAGCGAAUGUGGAACCUGGCUGUGCUGUGACGGACGCCUGUGCAUCUGCGCCCUGCCCUCCCCAUGCUGACUGCCGAGAUCUCUGGCAGGCCUUCUCUUGCACCUGCCAGCCAGGUUACUACGGCCCAGGCUGUGUGGAUGCCUGCCUCUUGAGCCCCUGUCAGAACCAGGGCUCUUGCCGGCACCUCCCAGGAGCUCCCCACGGCUAUACUUGUGAUUGUGUAGGAGGCUAUUUUGGGCACCACUGUGAGCACAGGAUGGACCAGCAGUGCCCUAGGGGCUGGUGGGGGAGCCCAACCUGUGGCCCCUGCAACUGUGACGUUCACAAAGGCUUUGACCCUAACUGCAACAAAACAGACGGGCAAUGUCACUGCAAGGAAUUUCACUACCGGCCUCGGGGCAGCGACUCAUGCCUCCCCUGUGACUGCUACCCUGUGGGCUCCACCUCUCGCUCAUGUGCCCCCCACAGUGGGCAGUGUCCCUGCCGCCCAGGAGCCCUUGGCCGCCAGUGCAACAGCUGCGACAGUCCCUUUGCAGAGGUGACAGCCAGUGGCUGCCGGGUGCUCUAUGAUGCGUGCCCCAAGUCCCUGAGAGCUGGUGUGUGGUGGCCACAGACCAAGUUUGGCAUCUUGGCCACAGUGCCCUGUCCCCGGGGGGCCCUGGGAUUGCGGGGUACAGGUGCUGCUGUGCGGCUGUGUGACGAGGACCGGGGCUGGCUGGAGCCUGACCUCUUCAACUGUACCUCUCCCACCUUCCGGGAGCUCAGCCUGCUGCUGGAUGGCCUUGAGCUGAAUAAGACAUCCCUGGACACCACAGAGGCCAAGAAGCUGGCCCAGCGGCUGCGGGAAGUGACCGGCCACAAUGACUAUUACUUUAGCCAAGAUGUGCGAGUCACUGCACGCCUGCUGGCCCACCUGCUGGCCUUUGAGAACCAGCAGCAGGGCUUCGGGCUGACAGCCACGCAGGACGCUCACUUCAAUGAGAACCUGCUGUGGGCCGGCUCCGCACUGCUUGCUCCAGAGACCGGUGCUCUGUGGGCGGCCCUGGGGCAGCGGGCUCCCGGGGGCUCCCUGGGCAGCGCAGGGCUGGUGCAGCACCUGGAGGAGUACACGGCCACACUCGCAAGGAAUAUGGAACACACCUACCUGAACCCCGUGGGGCUGGUGACGCCCAAUAUCAUGCUCAGUAUCGACCGCAUGGAGCACCCCAGCCCAACCCGGGGGGCCCGCCGCUACCCCCGCUACCACAGCAACCUUUUCCGGGGCCAGGACGCCUGGGACCCUCACACCCAUGUGCUGCUGCCUUCCCAGUCCCCACGGCCGUUCCCACCCGACGUUCCACCCUCCAGCAGCAGCAGCACAGAAAACACCACCAUCCCUAAUGUGGCCCCCACGCCAGCCCCCCAGGAGCCUGAGCCUGAACCAAGAAUCUCCAUCAUCAUCCUCCUUGUAUACCGCACCCUGGGGGGGCUGCUCCCUGCUCAGUUCCAGACGGAGCGCAGGGGUGCAAGGAUCCCCCAGAAUCCUGUCAUGAACUCCCCGGUGGUCAGCGUGGCCGUGUUCCACGGGCGCAGCUUCCUGAGGGGCCCCCUGGCAUCCCCCAUCAGCCUGGACUUUCGCCUGCUGCAGACAGCCAACCGCAGCAAGGCGAUCUGCGUGCAGUGGGACCCGCCUGGCCUGGCGGAGCAGCACGGCCUGUGGACAGCGCGGGACUGCGAGCUGGUACACCGGAACGGCUCCCACGCGCGGUGUCGCUGCAGUAGGACCGGCACCUUUGGGGUCCUCAUGGAUGCCUCCCCUCGUGAGCGCCUGGAGGGCGACCUGGAGCUGCUGGCGGUGUUCACGCACGUGGUCAUGGCUAUGUCGGUGGCCGCGCUGCUGCUGGCCGCGGCCGUCCUGUUGAGCCUGCGCAGUCUCAAGUCCAACGUGCGCGGGAUCCGUGCCAACGUAGCGGCCGCCCUGGGCGUGGCAGAGCUCUGCUUCCUGCUGGGCAUCCACAGGACCCACAACCAGNUGGUGUGCACUGCGGUCGCCAUUCUCCUGCACUACUUCUUCCUCAGCACGUUUGCAUGGCUCUUGGUGCAGGGGCUGCACCUCUACCGCAUGCAGGUGGAGCCCCGCAACGUGGACCGCGGCGCCAUGCGCUUCUACCACGCCCUGGGCUGGGGUGUGCCGGCCGUGCUGCUGGGCCUUGCCGUUGGCUUGGACCCCGAGGGCUACGGCAAUCCCGAUUUCUGCUGGAUCUCUGUCCAUGAGCCCCUCAUCUGGAGCUUUGCCGGCCCCAUCAUCCUGGUGAUCCUGAUGAACGGGACCAUGCUUCUCCUCGCUGCCCGUGCCGCAUGCUCCCAGGGGCCAAGGGAAGCCAAAAGGACCUCUGUGCUCAGAACCCUCCGCAGCUCUUUCCUGCUUCUUCUGCUGGUCAGUGCCUCCUGGCUCUUUGGCUUCCUGGCGGUCAACCAUAGCAUCCUGGCCUUCCACUACCUCCACGCUGGACUCUGCGGCCUCCAGGGCCUGGCAGCGCUGCUGCUCUUCUGUGUCCUGAAUUCAGAUGCUCGGGCCGCCUGGACGUCAGCCUGCCUGGGCAGGAAGGCAGCGCCGCCCGAGGAGGCGAGACCGGCACCUGGGACGGGGCCCGGGGCCUACAACAACACGGCCCUCUUUGAGGAGAGCGGCCUCAUCCGCAUCACACUGGGCGCCUCCACUGUCUCCUCAGUGAGCAGUGCCCGCUCUGGCCGCACCCAGGACCAGGACAGCCAGCGGGGCCGCAGCUACCUCAGGGACAAUGUCCUGGCUCGACAUGGCUCAGCUGCUGACCACACUGACCACAGCCUCCAGGCUCACACAGGCCCAACUGACCUGGAUGUGGCCAUGUUCCACCGAGACGCUGGCGGAGGUGUAGACUCCGACUCAGACAGUGACCUAUCCUUGGAGGAGGAGAGGAGUCUGUCCAUCCCGUCUUCGGAGAGUGAGGACAAUGGGCGGACACGGGGGCGUUUCCAGCGUCCACUCCGCCGGGCCGCCCAGAGUGAGAGACUCCUCACCCACCCCAAAGAUGUGGAUGGCAAUGACCUCCUGUCCUACUGGCCAGCACUGGGGGAGUGUGAGGCAGCCCCCUGUGCCCUGCAGACCUGGGGCUCUGAGAGGCGCCUGGGGCUGGACACUAGCAAGGAUGCCGCCAACAACCACCAGCCAGACCUGGCCCUGACCAGCGGGGACGAGACCACCCUGGGCCGGGCCCAGCGACAGAGGAAAGGCAUCCUGAAGAACCGGCUGCAGUACCCACUGGUUCCACAGGCCCGAGGCAUCCCUGAGCUGUCCUGGUGUCGCGCAGCCACGCUGGGCCACCGUGCCGUGCCGGCCGCCUCCUACGGACGCAUCUACGCAGGCGGCGGCACGGGCAGCCUUUCCCAGCCCGCCAGCCGCUACUCCUCGCGGGAACAGCUGGAUCUGCUCCUCCGGCGGCAGCUGAGCCGGGAGCGGCUGGAGGAGGCCCCGGCCCCCGCCCUGUGUGCCCUGAGCCGACCCGGUUCCCAGGAACGCCUGGAUGCCACGCCCCCGCCGCCCCCGCCGGGUGGCCUGGAGCUCAGGGACAGGGGCAGCACCCUGCCUCGGAGGCAGCCGCCUCGGGACUACCCUCGUGCCAUGGCCGGCCGCUUCGGGUCUCGGGAUGCGCUGGACCGAGGAGCACCCCGAGAGUGGCUGAGCACACUGCCCGCGCCCCGUGGUGCCCGGGACCUUGAGCUACAGCCCCCGCCUCUGCCCUUGUCUCCCCAGCGGCAACUCUCAAGGGACCCUCUCUUGCCACCCAGGCCCCUGGACUCUCUGUCCAGGAGAUCCUCACGGGAGCAGCUGGACCAGGUGCCUAGUCAGCACCCCUCCCAGGAAGGUCUCGGACCACCCCCACAGCUGCUGAGAGGGAGGGAGGAACCGGCCUCUGGGCCCAGCCAUGGCCCGUCCACAGAGCAGCUGGACAUCCUCUCCUCCAUCCUCGCCUCCUUCAACUCCUCAGCCCUCUCCUCCUCCAUGCAGUCCUCAAGCACGCCCUCGGGCCCCCACACCACUGCCACACCUUCUGCCACUGCCUCUGCCCUGGGGCCCUCCACACCUCGCUCUGCCACAUCCCACAGCAUCUCGGAGCUGUCACCAGACUCAGAAGUCCCCAGAAGCGAGGGUCACUCCUGAGGAGCAGACAAGGGCACAGGAGGAAGCGCCGAGGGUCAUGGGGCACUGAGGCUGGCAGAGGAGACUCCGGAAACCAGCUGGGGUGCUGACCCCAGGCAACAGCACCCUGCCUACAGCUCUCCAUGUGGAGGCAGGGCUGAGGGUCCAUGCACAUCUGUGAGCAUGUGUGUG